AUGCUUGCCUUAACUCGUCAAAUAACCAAGUCUUCAAUUCGUUCUUAUUCUACUGUGUCACAACCUAGAAAGGUUGGUGCUUUCAGAGGCGGAUUUUUAGGAUUUUUGGUUGGUGUUACCUUAACAGGUGCCGGUUCUUACUACUACUUAUUGGAAGAAUACAAACAAGCUAACAAUGUCGUUGUUGCAGAUGUUGUUGCUCUACAAUCAUCAAUUAGUAAUUUAGAGAAGCAUGUCAAAUUAUUGGAAGAAUCCAAGAAAUAA